AUGGCGGCUAGUAUCAUCAUCAAGAACCUCAGAAGACGAGCAGCCGAGCAAGGAGAGGAGGAAGCGGUCCAAGGCUUCAAGGACGUGGAAUUGACGCGAUCGGAUGCACCCAACAAGCGCGUGCGGGAAGGGAUGGUGGAGAAGAAGUUUCUGUCGUCUAGCGGGCUUGUGUCAUGGCAGGCACGAUACGCCAUCUUGUCCGAGUCUUUCCUGGUGCUCGCAGACCCCGAGGAGCGGGAAGCUGUUAUCGACAUGAUCCCCCUGAUUGACGUGCUCCGAGUCAGCACCAGAGCCAGACGGACUAGAGCCUGCUCGAGCCUGAGCAGCUUCGACAAGGACAAGGACAAGGACAAGGAGGAAGAGGAGGAGGAAACGAUGAUCAUUAGGACGAUACCCGGAGGACGGAACUGCGGGAGGAACUACACGUUCCGAAUGCCUGAGGGCAACUUGUGGGAGUGGUACGAUGAGGUGGAGGAGAAGAUAGAGUUGGCGAAGCGAUGGCACGAGAAAAUGCGAAUCAUGGAAGAGAUCGGGCCGAGCUUGCUCAACCGAACGCGACACAAGGUGCUGAGCAUGUACGAGGGAACGAGCUUCCAGACACUCGUCGCUCUCCUCAUCCUCGCGAGCUUCGCGGUGGAUCUCGGCGAGGCAGAGGUUCUGCCGCAGGAUGGCUCGAAGCAAGAUGUGCUGUUCCAGAACCUCGGGAUCUUCUUCACG